AUGCCGCCGAAAUCCACCCAAGGCAAGAAACCACGACGAAAAAAGCCUCAAAACUCCAGGCAAAUUCGCAAACCAGCGAGAAGAAGCAACGAGAAUCCCUGCCUGAACGCUGAUGACAGUCAAGUGGGACGCGCAGUAGAGCAAACAGAGCUCCCAGAGUCAGGGUGUAGCAGAACGUUAUCGGUCAUGCACGAAGAAGAAAUAGUGGAUUAUGGGUCGGAUGACUUCGACGAUACAGGAUCGCAAUACGAGCAGCCCAAUCUGAACCACCAUCAGCCCCCACACGAUGAUCGUCUCGAGGACGGGCCCCCCCACCCUCCAUUCCUGCAGCGCGAGCCUCAGAUGAACCAUGCCCCGCCCUUCCAACAUCAGAUGAACUAUACCCCACCCUUCCAGCCUCACAUGCAUCACCCUCAAAUGAACACAGGCCUGGGUUCUUUCCGACCUCCAUUCGCGCCUCAAUCACCGCUUCCCUCAAUGAACCAGCCUCAUAUGCUGCCUCCACAUGCACAUCAAAUGGACCACAAUCCGUUUCAGCAGCACGGGCCUCAGUUGAACUGGACGCCAUCCCAACAGCACACCAUGACCGCGGAGGAACUCUUUCUGAGUUGCUCCGUCAAUCAACCGCUUCCUCCCCCUGUGCGUGGUGCAGACCGCCUUAGCAGACACCUUCGGGACCCGGAAGCACGGCCUGCGCGUUCAUCGCCGUAUGCCCUCCCAGGGCUACGCAAGGUGAUGGUAUUUGGCCCUCGUCGUCAGGACGAGCGGUACCGAGGCGAGUGGCAGAAUACUGGUGUAGUUCAUACUGGUAACAGCAAAGAAGUUGCGCAGAAACGCCCCACCGCGAAAGAUUUGCCGCCGCGCCCCCUACCUCCCCUUAAUGUGUCUGUUGCCAGUGCGCAACAAGGCACUCCACCACAACCCCUCCAUUCUCAUGACAACGGCAGUGCGGGAUCUCGUCUCGAGCUCCCUCAGCAGGAGGUGCAACUCCCUCCUCAGCCUGUGCCUGCCGAGCGGGUGGAGGAGGUGUGCGCCACUGCAAGGUCGAGGAUGCGACGGCAGGUCCUUUCAGUGAACGGGAUGCCGUCGAAUGACGAGAACAUUGCCAUGGCACGUACUGCGUUAGCAGACGCAAUCGCACACACUCCCAACAUGCCUGCAGGCCAGCACUAUCUCCCAGACGCCGAUACAUUUGUCAUGUCACUCACAAAAAUCACUGGGACUGUCCGAACCGUGGUGAAGUCCGCUGCGCGCGCCAUCAUCCAACACAAGUACAAUCUCGAACUUGGCAUAUGGGACGCGUCGUCAGAGGUUGCGCACAAACUGCGGGUCGUGCCUGCCCUCACGACACACCUGCAGUGUCUGUUCACAACUGUGAAGAUGGUACUUGACGGUACUCUACAAUCGGUCGCUGUUCUCGAACAUGACGGACUCGUUAGCCUCGUUAUCGAGAUCUUGUGGACGCACGGGUUCUACAAAGAUCUUGAUUUCAAUGAUCCAACUGCGCUAGAUGGUGUCAUUGCUCUGGCUGGCGCCGCACUGUGCUCAGCGCUUAUGGAGUACAAGACAGGAGUAUACAAGCGCGUUGAAUUUUCAACAGCGAAAUCAAAGGAUACUUACCAGAAUGUUACUGCCUAUAUUUCAGAUAAGAUUUAUCCCCGUGUUGAACUCACAGCACGUUUCAAGGCAUUGAAAGACAAAAUGAAGGAACGAGGAGAGGUCAGAUUGGGUUUGUAG